UCACGUGACGCCCCCGCGUGGGCGUGGCGCCGGGCGGUGCGCGGGGAUUGGCGGCGGCCGCGCGGGACGGUUGAGUCGGCGGCGCGCGCCAUGGCGGCCGCCUGGCAGCGGCCCUACCUGAACGUCUUCAAGCACUUCCGCGUGGAGGAGUGGAAGCGCUCGGCCAGGGAGGGGGACGUGACCGCGCUCACGGACGCGAGGCUGAAGGGAACAGUCUACCGGAUCCGGAGCUCCGUCCCCGCCAGCAGCUACCUGCAGCUGCCCCGGACGGGGACGCAGUCGCUGGGGCUGGUGGGACGCUACCUCUACCUGCUCUUCCGGCCCAUGCCCCACAAGCACUUUGUCGUCCACCUGGACGUUGCCACCGAGGAAAACCAGGUGGUUCGCAUCUCUUUCUCCAACCUCUUCAAGGAGUUCAAAUCCACAGCCACCUGGCUGCAGUUCCCCUUUGUCUGUGGAGCAGCUGACGGCUCAGCAUGCAACCGCACAACCAGGACGUCCAGGCGCGAUCUCAUGGGAGCAGCCCCUGCUGACGUGCGCUGGACCUGCCUGGUGCUUGAUCUCCACUCCAUCCUCUCUCUCUACGUCAACCGCUGUUACAGCCACCUGAAGAGCAUUAAGCUCUGCUCCAACCUCUUGGUGAAAAACCUCUGCACGAGUGACUUGGUGUUCGACCCAGGUGUGACCUUCUCUGAGGCCCGGCAAGCCAACCUGGCCUGCCGUGGCGUCGCUCCCAUGCCACGGGAAAUGGCUUUCCCCGUGCCAAAGGGGGAGAAGUGGCACAACCUCUACGACUACAUCAGGUUCCCAUCCGAGGGCUCCAAGCUGGCUUACGACUCCAUCCAGAAGAGCUGUCCCGGUCCUGUGGCAGGUGGCCAAGUCUUGGAGGACCCUGUCCACCAGCUGCCCCAGCCGGUGACACUCACCAAAGCAGUCCGUGACCGACUGUCCCUCAUCCAUCAGAUAACCAGUCCCAAAGCUAUGCCACAUCGGUGUCCUGUAAUGACAAAAAGCAUCCCUGAGGUUCACCUGGCAGCCCCAGGGCCUCUGAGAGCCGUGCCUGCUGGGGACAAGGAGCUAGAGAAGGACAAGAGACCGCACAGCGUGGGGGAUGCUGGGCAGUCACCGGCAGUCAGUGAUGGUGGCAUCCACGUGUACGCUUACCAGAGGAGUGAACAAAGCAUCCGAGCCAUCCGCACUGGCUCACAGGAGGGGCUCCUACCAGAUCCCAUCCUGAAGCUGAGAACAAUUAUUGGCUUUGGAGGCUGCAGCACCAAAUGGGCACUGUGGACUCGGAACAACACUGCAGUGGUCUACCCCUGCCAUGCUGUUAUAGUGACCCUGCAGAUCCAGACCAGAGAGCAGAGGUUCUUCAUUGGACACACAGAUAAAGUGUCGGCGCUGGCCUUCAAUGGGAACAGCACCUUGCUGGCUUCAGCACAGGCCGGUCCCCUGAGCGUUGUGCGCCUCUGGGACUUCCCGACCGGCAGCUGCCUCUCAGUGUUUAAAACCCAUGUCCACUCCCUCUUGUCCCUGAGCUUUUCCUACAGCGGAGCCAUUCUGUGUGGCGUUGGAAAGGAUGGGCACGGCAAAACGACGGUGGUGGUAUGGAACGCUGCUCAGGUGACCCGUGGUGGAGAGGUGGCCAUGCUGGCCAAAGCGCACACAGAUGUGGACAUCCGUGCCUUGAAGAUUGCUUUUUUUGAUGAUACCAGGAUGGUGUCGUGCGGCCGAGACAACAUCAGGCUGUGGCGAGUGCGGAGCGGAGUGCUGCACUCAUGUCCUGUCAAUCUGGGCGAGUACCAUUCCCUGGAGUUCACGGACCUGGCCUUCGAGGAGGGGCAUGUGGCUGAGCGGGAGCCAGAGGACCGCACGCUCUUCGUCUGCAGCAAGAGCGGCCACAUCUUGGAGGUGGACUACAAGAAUGUCUGCAUGAGAAGCGCGCGGCGGCUCCUGCCCGCACAGCCCCGGGGCUGCCAGCAGCUGGACAAGACAGGCGGUGCUGCAGGCCCUGGGAUCGCUAUAAACAGUAUUAGUGUCUCCUCAACCUUCUGUGCCACGGGUUCAGAAGAUGGCUACCUGCGGCUGUGGCCCCUGGAUUUCUCAGCUGUCAUCUUAGAGGCAGAGCAUGAAGGUCCAGUGAGUUCUGUCUGCAUCAGCCUAGACAACCGCAAAGUCUUGUGCACAACCAUUAAUGGGAAUCUGGGCUACCUGGAUAUCCAGUCCCGCGACUAUAACACCCUCAUGCGCUCUCACGAGGACUCCAUUUUGGCAUUCUCAGUGGAGGGGAUUUGGAAGCAGAUGGCAACGGUGUCUCAGGACAAUACCAUCCGAGUCUGGGACCUUGUCUCCAUGCAGCAGCUGUAUGACUUCACGGCUGCAGAGGAAAUGCCGUGUGCUGUGGCCUUUCACCCUACCCAGCAGAUCCUGGCCUGUGGCUUUGACAGUGGGAUGGUGCGGACCUUCAGCUUGGCUGCCUCCAGUCUGCUGGUGGAGCACAAGCAGCACCGGACUAUGAUCACUGGACUGACCUUCUCUCCAGAUGGCAUUUUCAUGUUCAGCUCCUGUUUGCAGGGAACUCUGGCUCUUUACAGCUGUAAGGCACAGAAAAGCCACGUCUUGAGAGUCCUUGGCAAUGUGGUGGCCCAGGAUGCUGGGAAUAGUUCGGAUGCUUUGGUCGUCAGUGGGGACAGCCGUCUCAUGGCCUUUGUGGGUCCCUCCAAGUAUGUUGUGACCGUGAUGGAGGCCUGCUCUCUAGACGAGCUGCUGAAGGUGGACAUCAGCAUCCUCAAUUUAAACACCAGAGCCUCGGACUCUGCAGUGAGAGUCUGCUUUGCUCCGGUGCCUCGAGGCGAGCUCCUGGUGUCCACUUCUUCCAACAAAAUCCUUGUGCUUGAUACAAAAACGGGACGACUGGUGCGAGAGGUGUCUCCUGUGCACAAGCUGUCCUGUUCUUCCUUGGCGCUGAGCAAGGAUGGCAGGUACCUGCUUACUGCUGGCGACAAAGUCAUCAAAGUGUGGGACUAUCAGAUGCGCUUUGAUAUCAACUUCCAGGUAUACAUUGGCCACUCGGAGCCAGUGCGCCAGGUGUCCUUCACCCCAGACCAAGGGCACGUCAUCAGUGUUGGUGAUGCCAUCUUCCUCUGGGAUUUCCUGGCUCUGCCUGCGGAAGGGUCACCCCCAGCCCGGGCUCAUUCCUCUGAGUCUGAUCUGCUGCCAGGAGCUGAAGGGAGCUCUGAGAAGCUAAAGGAUGCCUCUGAGACACCUCGGCAGACAGUUCCUCUUCCAUUGUUGUCAUCACCACCAUGUUUGGAUGUCGGCUCUGUCCACCAAGCGGGAUGUCCAAGUAUUUUCUCCGAGUCAGACAAAGAGGAGGAGGAAGCAGGUCUGCCAGGCAGCAGCAGGAUGGUGGCAAAAGGAGACAAAGAUGCCUUGGUCCUUGUGAUGGAGUCGGUCAGAAAUGAGGAGCUUGUUGUUAGGCCCAAAGUGAGGCAGGAGAGCUCGAGGUCUCCUGGAGAACCAGCAAAUGAAUCCAGGAAGGAGACCAAAAGUCCCAAGUCCCAGUGCUCCAUCCGCCCUGAUUCCUACCGACAUUUCACUCCUCGCUUCAAGGCAUCGGUGCUCCCCCAGAGUUUCUUAUCUCCUCCAGCUGGCAGUGAGGUCUUGAAGCUGAAAGCAGUGAUCGGCUACAAUGGGAAUGGCAGAGGGAAUAUGGUGUGGAACCCGGACACAGGCUUCUUUGCCUACACCUGUGGCUGCAUCAUCGUGGUUGAAGACCUGCAUUUGGGAUCACAAAAUCACUGGCUUGGCCAUGCAGAGGAGAUCUCUACGCUUGCCGUCAGCCAUGAUGCCCAGGUUCUUGCCUCUGCCUCAGGAAAGAGGAAUGAAGACUCCCAUUGCCAGAUCUGCAUUUGGAACGUCCAGCGUGGGGUUUGCACAGCAAGUCUCUUCCAUCACGAGACGCAAGUACAAGCCAUGGCAUUUUCCCAGGAUGACAGGUUUCUUGUUACCCUAGGGGACUACAGUGAUCAAACCGUUGCUCUGUGGAACACCUGCACUUACGAACUUGUGUCGUCGACUUGUAUCUCAGAGCCAGUCCAUGACGUGGCUUUUAGUCCUUUUUCUCAGAGAGAACUGGCCUGCGUGGGGAAGGGAGCUGUGAUGUUUUGGCUGUUGGAGCAACAGGGAGAUGAUGUCAACCUCAAGGUUCAUCGGGCCCCUGCCCCGGAUCUGUUAGGGCUGGUGGAGCUGACCUCUCUUUGUUAUGGUGCCGACACUAUUCUUUAUAGUGGGACCAAUUCAGGCCAGAUCUGUGUGUGGGACACCGAGACUAAUCACUGCUUCAUGACAUGGGAGGCUGAUGAGGGCGAGAUCGGUGUGCUGGUGUGCCGGCACAACAGGCUGAUGAGUGGCAGUAACACGAAACGCAUCCGCCUGUGGGCAGUGGCCACUGUGCCGGAGCUGAAGCUGAAAGGUCCUGAUGCCAGGUCUAGCUCAGUGCUGCUAGAACAUGAGAUCACCCUUGAUGGGACAAUAGUCAGUGCAGCCUUUGAUGACUCUCUAGACAUGGGAAUUGUGGGCACCACGGCAGGAACCCUGUGGUACAUUAACUGGACAGAGAGCACAAGUAUCCGACUAAUCAGCGGCCACAAGAACAAGGUGACUGAAGUGUGCUUCAGUCCUGAUGAGACUCACUGUGCAACGUGCGGGGAAGAUGGCAGCGUGAGGAUUUGGACUCUGGGCAGCAUGGAGCUGGUGGUACAGUUCCAGGUGCUCAACCAGAGCUGCCAGUGCAUGGCCUGGAAGCCUUGUCCUGUCAUUGCAUGGGGAGCUGAGAGCCAGCAUGUAGCAGCAGGGUACAGCGAUGGCACCAUCCGUGUGUUCAGCAUUUCCAGGACAGAGAUGGAGCUGAAAAUGCACCCCCAUGCCGUUGCACUGACAGCAAUCUCCUACUCCACAGACGGAGAAAUGAUCUUAUCGGGGGACAAGGAUGGGCUUGUGGCUGUCAGCAGCCCUCACACCGGAAUGACUAUCCGCAUCCUCACUGACCACAAAGGCUCCCCCAUCACUGUUCUCCAGUGUACCAGGAAGCAGUACCGUGACUUUGGGGUGGAAGGAAGUGAGCUCUGGCUGGCCACCAGCUUGGACCGGCGGGUCAGUGUCUGGGCCUCCGACUGGCUGAAGGAUAAGUGUGAGCUCCUUGACUGGCUCAGCUUCCCUGCUCCUGCUGGCCCCGAGGGUCUCAGCAGCCUCCCGCCCAGCCUGGCUGCCUUCUGCCCUUGGGAACCCGGUACUCUGGUCUACGUGGGCUUUGGGAUGCAGAAGGAAGCCUUGUUUUACAGUCUGUGCAAGAAACAGGUAGUUGAGAAGAUCUCUUUGCCUUACUUCGCCACAUCGCUCAGCCUGUCUCCUGCAGCACACCUCAUUGCUGUUGGCUUUGGCGGGACAAGCCCCCCUCCUUUCCCUGCAGAGCGGCUCCUGCGGCUGCUGUGCUGCCCUGCCAGAGACGCCCAGGACUACGCUGGCCACGACGACGUUGUCCAUCUCUGCCGCUUUGCCCCUUCCGGCCACCGCCUCCUCACGGCCUCCCACAGCGCCGUCCUCGUCUGGGAGCUCCCAGGCAGCUGAGCCGGCAGCGCCCUGGGCCAGCGGUGCUCCUCCAGCGGGGGAGGAAGGCCGGCCGCGUCCCCUGGGCCCGGCCCCGGCUCCCUGGGCAGGGCCCCGGCUUAGGCCUCAACCAGGCCCCAGCCACAACCUGCCCCCGCGUCGCUGGGCCGGCGCGCCCGCAGGCCAGGCCCGAGCGGUUGCGGAUUUGCCGUUUGCUGUGGGUUUUUUUUCCGUUCGUUUUUUUGUUGUUGUUAAUAAAACAUCGAAAGCUGAAA